AUGAAAGUAAAGAAAAGUCUAUUAGCUGAUCUUUACAACGAACAGAAUCGAACAACGGAAGAUGGCGGAGGUUUCGAUAUUAUUUCUUUUAUGCAGAGCUGUCAUGAUCUAACAAAUGAUGCUCAAGCAAAUAAGUUUCACUUUAAUAAUCAUUAUAAUCAAGAAAUUCAUCAUUGCAUUCACGUUUUAUCACGAAUAACAGAAAAUCAUGUGGUUUUAGUUGAUGAAUAUGUAAAAUCUUAUUUAUGCUUUUUUAAAAAUGAACACUGCCCAGGUCGAACAAUACGGCCCGUUUACGGUUACUUUGCGAUUAUUUUCCGGGCGAAAAGUUUUGCAAACAAUGUUAUUGUUGAAGGUUUAGCACAACUUAUUAUUCAGAACAAUGUUCCUGAUACAUUACCAAAAUAUUUACUUGCAUUAAAUGUGAAAGUAUUCUUCGCUCGCGAUAAAUGGCGUUUUAUUAUUGGUACAAAAACAUUGAAUGAAUACAAACAAUAUAUUGAGGAAAAUUCAGAAUUUACAAAAUAUUUUGAAAGAAUUUUACUGAAAGAACCAACAGUCAACGAUCACGAAAAAUAA